AUGGCACGCCUCUCCCAGAGCCACAUCCAGAAGAGGCUCUUCAUGUUCCGCUUCGGGGACCGCGGCGCCAGGAUGAACUGGGUCCACGUGCAAAACCUGGUGCGGGCGCACGAGCUGGCGGCCGAGGCGCUCACCGCGGCCAAGGGCUUCGUGGCCAGCGGGCAGGCCUACUACAUCAACGACGGGGAGAGCGUCAACCUCUUCGAGUGGAUGGCCCCGCUGUUCGAGAAGCUGGGGUACAGCCAGCCCUGGAUCCAGGUGCCCACCUCCUGCGUCUACCUGACGGCCGUGCUGAUGGAGUACCUGCACCUGGCGCUCAGGCCCCUCUGCAGCGUCCCGCCCCUGCUCACCCGCAGUGAGGUGCACAGCGUGGCCGUGACGCACACCUUCCAGAUCCGCAAGGCACGCGCGCAGCUGGGCUACGCCCCCGACAAGUUCCACUUCGCCGACGCCGUGGAGCGCUACCUGCGGGCCCGCCCGCCGCCCCGCCCCGCGCGGGGGCUGCUGCGGCUGCUGCUCGCGCUGCUGCUGCUGCUCGGCCUGCUCGCCGCCGCCCUGCUGCUCCGAGGCCGGCCGGCGGUCUGA